UUGGCAUAUAAGCGCAAAAUGAGCAGCAGUCCCGUGCAGCCCGCUUCGCACUGAGCGACCUGAGGAAUUCAACAGGGACCUAUAGACAUCUGCGAGCUCUCAGCAGCAGUGGAUGUACAAUCUGACAGAGAUCCGACUGCCUGCGCUCUUUUUUUCUCCCUCUGUGUGAUGGAUGGAUUUAAAGGCGCCCUAAAUUGGAAAUCUGUCACUCUGCAGUAAUCUCCAGGAAGAUCAGCAUCUGGAAUAUUAAACCUGGGGGAUAUUUUUGAUCACUUUUGAAGGAAUUUAGAGACAAAACAAAAGUAUCCCUCAUAGCAUCAGUGCUUCCCCCAUCAUGAGAAAGUCUCCUCCUUACCCCGGCUGGGUCAGAGCGGCGAGUUUGCUCCUGUGCCUGAGCCAGGGCGUCCUGGCGGCGGUCCUCACCAACUCCACGAGGCUCGAGUCCAUCCUGGAGAAAUACAGGAACAAGGACGAUGAGUGGUGGAGGGCCAGGUCGAGAGGGAAGAGGGCCAUCAGUGAGGGAGACAUGCACCUCAUCCUGGACCUGCACAACAAGCUGAGGGGUCAGGUUCACCCUCCUGCCUCCAACAUGGAGUACAUGGUGUGGGACUACGAGUUGGAGAGGAGCGCGGAGCACUGGGCUCAUACGUGUCGAUGGGAACAUGGGCCAAGCCACAUGUUGACGCAAAUAGGCCAAAACCUCGGAGCACACUGGGGCAGGGACCGACCCCCGACAUACCAUGUCCAGGCCUGGUAUGAUGAAGUGAGGUACUACAGCUAUCCGUACUCCCAGGAGUGUAACCCACAUUGUCCGUUUAGGUGUUCAGGACCUGUCUGUACUCACUACACUCAGUUGGUUUGGGCGACUAGUAAUCGUAUUGGCUGUGCCAUCAAUGUGUGUUACAACAUGAAUGUAUGGGGAAUGAUCUGGGCCAAAGCUGUCUAUUUGGUCUGCAACUACUCUCCACCGGGCAACUGGUGGGGUCAUGCUCCAUACAAAUAUGGAGCUCCCUGUUCUGCCUGUCCAGCCAGCUAUGCAGGAGGCUGCAGGGACAACCUCUGCUAUAAAGAUGGGGGUGUUGACAGGCGUCCAGCUCCUGAGAUUGAGGAAACCAACUACAUUGAACCCGAACCAGAACCAGUAAGAGACAGAGAGCCCCAACCUAGGGCUCAGUCACCAAACCCUUCGCCCAACGACAACCUAGAGAGAAACCAAGUCGUCAGCACGGAGCAGAUGUCCCAACAGGUCGAAUGUGAGACCAAACUGAGGGAUCAGUGCAAGGGAACAACCUGCAACAGAUAUGAGUGUCCACCUGGUUGCCUUGACAGUCCUGGAAAAGUAGUUGGGACUGCAUUUUAUGACAUGCAAUCCAGUGUGUGUGGAGCUGCGCUGCACUCUGGUGUUAUUGAUAAUGAUGGAGGAUGGUUGGAUGUGACCAGACUGGGCAGAAAACAACAGUUCAGCAAGUCAUACAAGAAUGGUAUUCAAUCCAUUGGGAAAAACCGAAGUGCAAAUUCCUUCAAAGUAGACUCAGUGCCUGUCAAGGCAGUGAGAUGUGAUACCACAGUAGCACUUUUCUGCCCUUUCAAGAAACCUGUACGACACUGUCCCAGGUUGUAUUGUCCCAGGAACUGUUUACGGGAUAGCCAAGCCCGAGUCAUUGGCACAAAAUACUACUCCGAUAAAUCCAGUAUCUGCAGAGCAGCCAUUCAUGCUGGAGUGAUCCAGAAUGAAUCAGGAGGUUACCUUGAUGUGAUGCCAGUCGACAGAAGGAGGCAGUACAGUGGCAGCUAUCAGAAUGCCAUCACCUCAGAAAGCCUAGUGAACCCCACAGGAGGAAAAGCCUUCAGAGUGUUUGCAGUCAUCUGAAAAACCACUCUCAAAGGACAAAGUACCAUCAAACAUGGCCACUUCAUAUCCAGCAAACCCACUCAUUAUGAACUUACAACCUACAAUUACAUUCGUUCCUGCAGUCAAUAAAUCAGCGUUUCUGCUCCUGACGCUAAAAGUGUAACAUGCCUCUAUUCAAGGCUUCUCUAUCUUUGGUCACGAGUGAAUCACUGUCCAAUAACAGAGCAGCAAAUUAUGUUUGUUUAAUGAUGCAUUCGGAUGUCUCUUGCCUUACAUCGUUCCCUAAAUUUGAAAGCUUACUGUAACACACACAUGGGGCUGCCAUGCAUCUUUGGCAGACAUGGUGUGGUGACAUCAUGUUUUUUUAACACUCAAAGUUGCAUAUACACCACUAAAUUUAGCACCAAUUUCAACCACCUCUUGUAAUUUCAGAACUUAAAAGUAAAAGUCUAAAAUCAAAGCUUUUCGCAGAGCAAUUCAAGACGUGGCAUACAUCAUUUCCAUGUACGCCAGGUAAAACAGCACAGCAAUUUAGCCCUUCCAUUGGGGCUAAUUCACAAAGUGACUCAUAAUAUCUUCUUGUACAAUGUGCCUUUAUUUAAUCAGACUAUUGGUGGUCAGAGGUUCCCAUCCCACUUUGCCAAACAGGUGUCUGGUGUAUUCUGUGGAGGCCCAAACUGGAUGUACAGUAUAGGAAAAGUGAUUAACCAGAAAUAAUCACAAUAAUGAAAUAAACUGGAUGACUGAAGGGCAGAAAAAAAAGAAGUAACAGCACUUUUUAUUAGGUAACUUUAACAACAUUGUUUUAAUAUUUUCAGUAUGGUAAUCUCAUUUAUUUUCCCUCAAGUAUACGAACUACAGAGACUUUAAAAUCUCCUACAUUUUCCUGUUUUCAUGCCUCGAGAUUAGAAUUUGGCCGAGGCUGUCUUGCUCUUUUGAUACCAGAUGAAACAAGUGUGUGGUGGACGUGACUGAAGAACAUGCCCUAAAACUGCUUUAUUGAUUAUUUUACUCUAAAUGUUACCAUGAUUUUCAAAUUUGGCACCAUGCUAAAUUAAAACAGUCUUGAAAUUAACAAUUGAGACCAUAAACCCAGUGGGAAAAUGUUCACUGAGGAAACAAUCAUUUUCUUACUGACCUCUACACAAAUGGAACAAUUGUUUUAUUUCUAAAAAGUCUGGUUAGGACCUCCAUAUGUUGUAUGUCUGAUUACAGUAUAUAGUAUAGCAAUAAUGCAGGCAGUUUAAAUGCAAAUUGUAUAUUUUUGUAUAUAUUACUGUAAAUAAUAUUGAAAACAUGCUUGAAAUGCUUGCUACUGUUGCCCUUUUCAUUCACAUUUCUAACAUUUCGCAAUAAACAAUAGAUGGUGAUACAGCUUCUGCAUGCAAAACGUAUAUUUGCCACUCGAGCUUUUAUUUUUAUAAAGGACAAAUUCCACCAUAAUGCCAUAAAACCGACGUUUGUAAAUACUGUGUGUGUGUGUAACAUAUAUAUGUAUUUUUUAUGUUAUACUGCAUUUCCCAGCUUUUAUUUGUAUAACUGGAACCUGGCUGGCCAGGUAUGUGCAUGGUGGAAAUCACAAUUAAAAUACUUCAAAUUUUUAUAUUUA